GAUCACAAAGCUCACUUGCAGGCAUUCUUGCUUACGUCAUUAAGACAAUCCUUGCAAGGCGACCGUGCGUCCUUUGCGGAUGUGUUGUCAUACAGAUACCAUGUUGAAUCAUUCACUGUUUGAAGCUGUCGGCUUGCGCAUUGCGCGACUUGCGAGACCGGGGUCGGGUCCGCCCGCCAUGCACUGUACGGUUUUUCUGUUUCCUCGCGUUUUGCUUGUGUCUGAGAGGCCAGUGGGCCUGUCGACCAUCUAGAAUAGUACAAGCUUACACUCUAUAUGAUAGCUGCAUAAAUUGCUGCACACUGGUCUACAGUCUGUGGGGUCUGUGAACAGAGGAAGUAGCCGUUGCCGAUUUCGCAGUGGCGCCCUCCCAGCUGCGUCCCUCGACCGAGCCCCGAUUAAAGCCUUAAACCCUUGUGGGUGACAAUACCGGUCGCUGGGCACACUCGGCAAGAGAGAGGACUCUGUACUUGCUGCAUUCUUGUCGACCGCGUUACCACCUCUGCCGGUGGGCGUGUAGGCUUUUGCGAAGGUGCCACUGGCGUCAGUGCCCAUCGCUGUGCGGGCCUGUGUGCGGGCGGAGUCGCGCUGACCAACGCAUCCAGCUCGUCUCCAGCAGGAAUGCGCCGGACAUAGCACUCGCAUGACUAUGGCAGCAGCCGCGCCAGCUUCUCCAAUGGCCGCCGUGACUGAUGCUAUCGACGUCAGCCAUGCUGACGCCGACGUGCAUGACCUGUACGCAGCCUGCCUCGCGGUGCGGGCGGUUUUGGGCAAGCGCCAGCGUGACACGCUAGUGCACGCCCUGUGGCACGUAGCCAGCGCGAGCUCGGUGCCCGGCGGCGUCACCGCGCUGGUUGAGGCGGUGGGGCAGCAACCGCCGCAGCAACUGGUCGAUGCCGCCGCGUUUCUGGCCGCGGCGGCAGCAGCAGCCGCAGCCACGGCGGCAGCGCAAGGGCCGGCCACCGCAUCCAGCAGCAAGCGCCGCCAUCUUGCCGCCAGCAAAGCGGCGGCAGCGGCGGCGGCGGCGGCGGGGGCUGAAGCCUCAGCCCGCGACGCAGGCUGCGACGGCGCCUGUAGCAACACCGAGAGCACAUCCUGCAGCACCCGCAGCUGCGGCUCACUAGUAACAGCACGCCACGAUGGCGACGUGGCUGUAGCAGCAGCGGGGGCGGCGGUAGAUGGUGAGGCUGUAGCUACACGGCGGCGUCGCCAGGCCGCCGCCAACGCGGAUGCUGAGGCGGACGCGGCAAGCCCGCAUCCCUCGUGCAGCAGCAGCGGCCGGCGGAGGAGCGCCAACGGCAGCAACGUUGUAGCAGGGCUGGCAGCGGGCGCAGGUGCGGUUGCGGGCGAGGGCGCGGCUGCUACGGCCGCGGCAGCGGCGGCUGCGGCGGGGGGAAAUGGCGUGGGGCCCAUGUCUUGGUACACAGACUAUGGCCGGCCGCCCUACGCCCUGCCAAGCCCCCUGCACCAUCACCACCACCACCAGCUGCACCACCACCACCAUCAGCCGUAUGCAGCAGCAUUCCCGCCCAGCCCCUUUUCACGCCGAGCCAACGGCGGCAGCAACGGCGGCGCGGCCACGGGCGGCUCGGGACCUGCCGCGGCCGCCGCCGCCGCCGCCUGGCGCCGCGCCGCCUACCCGGCUGCUCCCUCGCUGCUGCCACGGCUGCCCUCCGCCGGCUCCUCGGCAGCCGUUGCGGCAUCCGCCGCCGCUGCGGCGGCGGCGUUUCCGCCGCCUGUUGCAGCCCAGCACCCCUUCACCACGCUCUCAGCGGGCGGGGCUGGAGCCGGAGCCACAGGAGUUGCUGCCGCCGGCCCGGUACCGACACAACGACCAGCACCACUGCAGCGCUACCCCUCCGCCAUCCCUGACUUCGGUGACUGUCUGGAUCCCCUCGCGCCGCCGCCACCGCCUCCGUACGCCGUACACUCGCCGCACCACAACCACCCACACCACCACUUGUCCGGCGGUGGCAAUGGGCCCUGGAACGUGCACGCCGCGUACCCGGCUGCCUCCUACCCGGCAGCGGCGUGGUAUCCCCAUCCCCACCACCACCAUCACUAUGGAGGGCUGCACCACCCACACGGUGCCUACGCGACGCCGCUGUGCACAUCGCCGCCGCCGCUUCACCCUGCCGCGGCCACAGCCACUGCCCACGCCAGCGGCGCGCAGUCUGUCCCCGUGCUGCCGCCGGUGUCGGGGCAUUCCAGGGGCCAGGCUGUGGACGCCAAGUGCGCAACGCCGCGCAGUCCCUGCGAGGCCCUGUAUCGUGUGGCCACCGCGCCCGUGCCUACAGCGUCAGCAGCAGGCGGCGCGGCCGCCGGUCAGUUGGCGGCUCCGGCUGCGGCUGCGGCGCCUGCGGUGGCAGCGGCUGCCGGUACUUCUGACGGCGGCUCCGCGGACGAAGUGCUGAUGGUGGACUUGGAGCCAGGGGGUGUGAGUGUCGGCGGCGCGGGCGGAGAAGCUGCGCAGGAGGGGGCGGCGCCGGCUGCUGCAGGCGGAGGCGCGGGCGGGGGCUACUGGCCACCUGCGCCCGUGCCGUACCACCCGCAGCCCCACGGCGUGCCGCAGCCGUACGGGCCGCCGCCGCCGUACCACCAGCUGCACGGUCCGUACGGCGGUUGGUACGCGCGGGGCCACGCGUACGACAUGUUUCAUGUGCCGUACCCGCCGCCGCCGUACAUGCAAGUGUGAGGUGUGGCGGCUCCCGUUCAGCCUAGCGUACGGACAAACAACGACCUGAAGAUAAUGCACUUGUUGAUGCGAAUUACGAAUGAGGCAUGCGAGGCAUUCCAGUUGGCAUCGCCGCCGCAGCAGCAAUCUCUAGCAUAAUUACAGCACUUCCAUCGUUUCCCGUGUGGGUUUCUAGUUGCCAGGCGUGCUUUGCAUGCUGUGCGCUGCCUGUUAUUAGCAUCGAAGACACGUCGCGGUCCUUAAUGAUGGUGUGUGGCAACGUUUUGGCCGGUGUUGCGUGCGGUAAUGCGGCGACGUUUGCGGUCCGUACAAGUGCGACACCGUGAAUGGUGCAGAAGUGUAGCGCGAAUGUGCUGGACUGGACUGUUGAGCCAUGGGGGAGAGGGGGCUGCAGUGAUGCCGAGCGGUCAUGGCAGGGCCAAUCGACUGACUGGAGUGAAUGCAGGGGUUGAUCCAUGCAAGUUUACUGGGCGCUUGACAAGGCGCUUGGUGUUGCCGAUGAGCGGACCUGUGACUGACACGAAGAAUGCACACUUAACUGGUGCACUUGGGCUGCUGUCGCUGCUCGUCUGAAGUUGUGUUGCAGGGCGAUGGAGAUACGGCGCCAAGUGUGCGGGCACGUAGGCAUGUAUGUAUGCAAGGGAGAAUUUGUGAGGGGCGGGCAAGCAAUGGGGAGGCGUUGCAAAUACGGUUGCAAGCACAAAGGGUACGGGAGGCGUCGCAGGCGAUUUGACGUUGCUGCACAGAAUACCAAUAGGCGGGACAUGGCGUUGCCGUGCGGCUAAAAGAGCGGCAGUUGGGCACGGCGGGCUGACAAGGACAGGCAACGAACGGUUGACAGGGGCUGUCUGCGUGUACUCAACGACCGGCCACACGCGCACAUACAUACUCGUGAUGGUCGCGGCAGAUGUACGCUGAAGAUUUUGAGCAGGUGACAGAUCGAACGCUUAUGUGGACCGUCGCUCGUGCCUAGCUGGCACGUCGUAAUAGAGCAAGGGGGAUAUAUGUUGGUGGGUGAAGUGCGAAUUGCGUGGGUACUACCGAGUAGGGCAGCUGCGGUAUGUGCGAAGGCGCUACUAGCGAAGAGUGUGUGGAAUCUGAAGACGACGUUUUGAUACCAGACAGAGUCCUAUCACUCCUAUGCGGCUUGGGGGAAAUUGGAAGGGCCGAAGGGGCGGCGUGGUGCGUCCUAGAUGCGAAAGGAUGCGAGGGUGCGAUGGGUGAACCGACACGACACACACAAAUGUGUAAGCGGUUGGCUGU